AUGACACGCCGGCCGGGACACCUCCGCCGGACGCGCUCCGGGAGGUCACGUGGCCCGGCGGCGCGGCGCCUGCGCGCAGGCGCUGGCGUCACUUCCGGCCCGGGCCUCUCAGCUGGAAGAGGCGGCGGCGGCGGCCGAUCGGGCAGAGCCGGCCGGCCGGCGGCGAGGGGCACACAGGCCUGCGGGGCCGGGGUCGUGGGCGAGCAGCCGGGAUGCAGCCUGGGGGAGCCCCGGGGGAGCUUGGCGCCCGGGCGUGCCUUCCGAGAGAGGGCCCCCUUCCCGCCCCUGGGAGAUGGGGGUCGGAGCUCCGGAGGUACUGCAUCUCCCAGCGGGCCUCACCCCACGCACGGGCUGUCCUCGGUGGGCUGCCGGGCGGUGGGUGCUGGGGCCAGCGGGCACAUCGCCUGCCCCCCAUCUCCGCAGGGAGCGACUGGAAGGCUGUGGCUCCGCAGGCCCUUCCUGAGUUUCCCCUGCGAGCUCUUCGGAGCAGAUGGCCAGGAGUCCCUGCCCGUCCGUGGGUGCCGGCAGGAGCUCCGGGCGCGGGGAGGUGGGCACAGUCUAAAGGAGACACAUCCAAGAUUGUACAGACCCCAAAGUCCUGAGACCUGCCCAGCCCCGGAGACGACGUGCCUGCAGCUGGACCCCCAGGGACCAGGAGACAGAGAAGGCUCCGCAGCCUUGUCCCCUCGCUCCCCGAUUUGGGGGCUGAGAGCCAGUGGAGGCGUGAGGGAACACCUGCACACAGGAACAGGCAGGCUAGGGGGCUGCAGUGGGGUCCCUCAAGGAGUCAUCGUGGCCCUGGACCUCGGGCCUGAGAGGGCUGCUGCUGGCCUCAGGGGUCCUCCCAGCUCCCCUGUCUCCAGAGUCGUCUACAACGGCAAGAGAAACAGUAGUCCCCGUUCUCCAACCAACAGCAGUGAGAUCUUCACCCCAGCCCACGAGGAGAAUGUGCGCUUUAUCUAUGAAGCCUGGCAGGGUGUGGAACGAGAGCUACGGAGCCAGAUGUCAGGCAGUGAACGGGGCCUGGUGGAAGAGUACGUGGAGAAGGUUCCCAACCCCAGCCUGAAGACCUUCAAACCCAUUGAUCUGAGUGACUUGCGGAGGCGGAGCACACAGGACACCAAGAAGUCCUAA